AUGCCUGCUUCCAUAUCAUUAAUUGUGUAUAUCGUCGAACAAAAUAUAGAAGCAGUCAAUAAUUAUACAAUACAAAGAGGAAUAGGGCUUAGCCACAUACCUGAUAGAGAACCACAGCGAAUACAUUUUACAUACUUUAUUCCUGAUCCAGAAAUAACAGUUGACAGUAGUGAAGAAUCUUUUGAACCUUUAACUGGUGGCGCAUUACAAACAAAUGCAGUGUAUCUUAUCCAUGGAAAAUUCUCAUACUUGGUUAACGAUAAUUCACUUGAUCUGGUAAUUUUUUCACAUGUGCUACUUCCGAUCGACAGUGCAGAAUGUCCCGAAGCACCAAUGAUUGCUAAAUUUAUUGGAAAGGUUACGAGUGUACCAUCUGUCACUAAUAAUGGACUAAGACUUUUGGUAACAGUAUCUGAAUAUAUCCGAAAGGGAGAAAAACCAGUACAUGAAAUAAUAGUAACGCACCCCACAACUGGCAGACUUUCAAAAUCUAUAACUGCUGCUCAAAAAAAUGCAACAGUCCAAUUCACAGGAAUUUUAUUUAUAUAUGAAAGUAUUCUUUAUUGUGAUGUUUUAGAUUUCUCUUUUGUUGGAAUUCGAUCUGAUGAUUUGAUACAUUCAUAUAAUCCCUGGUCUACAAAAGAUAAAAUAACAACCAAAUCAUCAGUUGCAAAACGUAUUCAAAAAUUACACAAUGAACAAAUGUCCACGCCACCAACAAUACCAUCAUUGCCACAAAAGAAGAUUACAAGAGGCAAAAGAAAAGUUAUAGAAAAAGUGUCAACAGGAAGUAUUGCUGCAUCAAUAAUUAAGAAACGACAAGCAGACAAAAUGGAUUCGGAUAAUAAUGAACCAAAUAAAAACCAAAAAAAUUAA